AUGAAUACAAUAGACUUAAUCCCUGUCACCGAAGAUGAUGUUCAAGAACAUGUUUUCGAUAUUCUUGUGACCCAUGCUCCCCCAGAAAAAUCAGAUUUAGGCGUUUACGAGCGUAAGGAUGGUAUAAUUACAGUAGAUUUGCGUGUUCCGUCUACUUACUCUACCACCGGGUUUCACGGAUCGGCUGCUUCUACAUCUGUUUCGUCGUCUAAAACACGUCGCAAAUCAAAGAAGAAGACUGGAGGGAAAUCCAAAGAGCCCAAGUAUGGAUUUAUACAGUUGGAUAUUGGUCAAAGUAUUUCGUUGUUCACUUCGAGCACAGAAAGUUCAACUACUGGAGCCAUGCUUUGGCGGGUGUCUGUAUUUUUUACAGAAUGGAUACUUAAUGUAUCACAAGGUCAUGUUAUUGACAGAUUUCAAGAGCAACAAGUUUCUGAAAAAAUAGAAGAGCCGAAGAUGGAUGAAGAUGUUAAAGUUAGAUUGUUAAAUUAUCCUUUGGAAGAAUGGGAUGUUGUGGAAGUCGGGUGUGGUGCAAGUGGAUUGGUUGCAGCUGCCUUGGGCCCUGUUGUGCAUAAAUAUCUCGCUACAGACCAUCUUAAAUCAGUUUUACGACAGGCCGAAAAUAAUAUAGUGGCAAAUGUUCCACGCAGACUUGUUACUACCCUUGAUGGUGAAGUAAAUGCUGUUGAAAGCAAAUUUGAUAAUAACGAUGAUUAUGAUGAUGAUGAUGCCAUAGCAGCAGUUUACCGGGCGGCUCGCAAGGAACAGGAAGGAAAGAUCCAAUGUGUUGAAUUUGAUUGGGAGGACAUGGAUUCCGGAAUUAAUAGUAUUUCUAAAAUUUUAGGGUCGGAGAACAGUAACCUAAAUGUCCAACUAGAAGCCGAACUUCAAGGUCUCAAUGUUAAGGACGAGCCAAAGUCUACACGAAUCACUGAAAAAUCUGAAGACAAGCCACUUGUAGUCUUGGCCUGUGACACAGUCUUUAACGAGUACUUGAUUCCGCACCUCCUGGACGCGACAGCUUCGCUAUGUGGCCGUGUGAGACCACAAAACGCGCACGUCAUUGUUGCACAACAGGUUCGCGACCCACAAAUUAUGACAUCCUUCAUGGAGCAGUUUGUCUCGCAUCGGGCUGAGGAUUCUGACCAAACAAGUUUUGAAGUGUAUGCGGUACCAGAUCGGUUACUUUCUCAAGCUCUAGUUAAUGGAUAUACUGUUCAUUAUGCACGCUAUAAGGGAAUCUAA